UCUAGAUCUAUAUUUAUACACAAUGUUUUCAUUUUGCGGUAUUUUACAAAUUUGUUAGAUUAUUCAUUUCAAGAUAAAAGAGUUUGUUGGUAUACCAAAGACCUAAUUAAAAAAAAAAGAGACAAGAAUAAAUUUAAAAUUCAUUUUCAUAGUAGUGAGUGACUAGGUCAAAGAUCACAAAACUAUAAUUGUAACAACUAAAUUGAGUUUGAUCCUCGAAAAAACAAAAUGACGGACAGAAUAAUUGCCCUUAUUGAUAUGGAUUGCUUUUAUGUGCAAGUGGAACAAAGAUUCAAUCCAAGUCUGAAAGGGAAGCCAUGUGCAGUUGUCCAGUACAAUGCAUGGAAAGGAGGAGGUAUAAUAGCUGUAGGCUAUGAAGCUCGUGCAUUUGGAGUAACAAGACCCAUGCGUGGUGAUGAUGCUAAAGCCAAAUGUCCAGAGAUACAGUUAAUAAAAGUUCCAGAAGCUAGAGGCAAGGCUGAUCUCACAAGGUAUCGAGAGGCUGGAGCUGAAGUGAUUUCAGUCUUCAGUAAAUAUUGUUCAAGUGUUGAGCGUGCAAGCAUUGAUGAAGCUUAUCUGGAUGUCACUUCUGAGGUUGCACAAAGAAUCAAUGCAUUGAAGGGGAGUCCAAUCAAUGAGCUUCAGAUACCAAACACAUACGUUGAAGGCUAUAAUGGCCCAGAAGGAACAAAAGAAUGGCUUCAAAAGAUCUACAAGGAAAAUGAGUGUUCUGAGUGUGAAGUCAGGUUGGCAGUGGCAGCAAGUCUUGUAGAAGAAAUGAGAGCUGCCGUAUUCAAAGAAACUGGUUUCACAUGUUCAGCUGGCAUAUCUCACAACAAGAUGCUUUCCAAGUUGUCAUGUGGUAGGAAUAAACCAAAUAAACAGACAGUGCUGCCUCACUCUGCAGUGCCAACUCUGUUUUCAGUUUUACCCUUACAAAAAAUCCGUCAUUUGGGUGGAAAACUUGGUGCGUCUUUGUUAGAAAUGGGUUUGAAGACCAUGUCUGAUUUAUUACCAUUUACAGAAGAUGAACUACACAAAAAGUUUGGAGCUAAAACAGGGACAUGGCUGUACAAUGCCUGCCGUGGUUUCAACUUUGAACCUGUAUCUAUUAGAGAGUUGCCAAAGUCUAUAGGUUGUUCCAAACAGUUUGGUGGGCAACAGGCAUUAGAUACACCAGACAAGAUAAAGUUUUGGUUGUCAGAGUUGGCGCAGGAAGUUUGUGAGCGACUGAUUCGAGAUAAAGAAAAUAACAAGAGAGUUGCCAAAUGUUUGACAGUGAUAGUUGGUUUUAAUUCUUCCCACAAUUCAUCUUCCCGUGCUUGUGCUUUGGUGAAAUAUGAAGCUGAGAAGAUUGCAUCAGAUGCAUUUGCUAUGGCCAAGCAAUUUAGGACAAGCCCUGCUCAUACUCAGCAAUGGUCACCACCAUUCACUUACUUGGGCCUAUCAGCAAGCAGAUUUUCAGCAGUCGCUGGAGAUCACCAGAAUAUUGCCAGCCUGUUCGCUGCCUCUGAGUCCACCACUCAACACAAACCUGUACCAUCUGCGACAUUCUCUGAUGAAGACUAUGAUCCCACAACAUCACAGGUCAAAGAUUCAUCCCCAGGAAUGUCAGGUGUUAAAAUAAAUAAAACAGAUAAAACCAAACAAUCCAGCAACUCUUCAAGCAAGAGCACUAAGAACAUUCAGAGUUUCUUCAGUCAAAAGUCUAAACAGUUUCAGGAACCGACAGAGACUGAAGGUCACAGUUCAUCAACCAAAGCACAAACUAAUCAGGAGAAUACUGCAGUUUCAAGUGUAAAAAAUUCUCAAGCUCAUAGUUCAGUGACUAGUGUCAAAAGUGUGGAUGAGAAAAGUGAUGUGACUAGUCUAAAGAAUGUUCCUAGUCACAGUACACCGCCUAGUAAGGAAAAUGCUAAAGAUCCACCUGUGCUAAGUAGUCAGUCGCCAAAAGGAUUCUUUGCUCGCAAAUUAAGAGCUAUUAAAAAUGGGAAAGGCAGUGUCCCUCAAACCUUACCUGGCAGUGUCCCUGAAACCUUACCUGGCAGUGUCCCUCAGAUCUUACCUGAAAGAAACAAAGAAUCUUCCACCGAGUCAGAGAAAGAGCUAACAGCUAGUGAAGUAAUGAUGGAACAAGCUACAGACAGAGUCUCUGCACAUUCCCCAUCAGAUAUAAGCAAUGGUCACUCUGAACAAGGCUCUUCGGCUCAUAAACCUACAAGCACUGCCAAUGCAGAUAACAGUGAAGAUUACAUGACCUGUGACAAAUGUGGCCAGGUUGUCUCAAUGUGGGAUAUGCCAGAACACACAGACUAUCAUUUCGCUCUGGAUCUCCAAAAGGAGUCCAGGCAGCAAUCGUCUACUAAAACUGUAUCCCAUGGAUCCACAACAAAAAGGAAAUUCAAAAGUCCCUCCAAGAAAGCCAAGGGAGGAAAAAAGAAAAAGGAAGUUGUAGACAAAAGUAUCCAACCCUUGACCAUGUUCUUUUCUCAAAUCAUCAAUUGACUAUUUUUGAGAGCUUACAAUUAAUUUAUUUAUCUUCUGAGAAAUGCAAUUUUAUUUAUCAAAUUUUUUCUAAAACUUAAGAAUCAUACUAAAAAGAAAUAUUUUAAAUUGACCAUUGUCACAGGAUUUCUUAAAUCAUUAAGAAACUUUGGUUUUAAAGUCUUACAAAUACUUUAUACUUGUACAUCUCAUUUUAAUAUACAUUUGUUUGUAAUUGAGAUUAUGUUGCACAAGUUUGGACAAAGAAGUUAUCCUUGUGAAAUUCUUGACUAUUAAAAAUUAAUGUAAAUGUAAGCAGAUGAGACAAUCUUUUAAAAGUUAAUUUGCUGGAUAAAACUCUGACAUCAUUGUGACAAUGGCAAAGUUUUAUUUAUGGGCAUCAUUUUAACCUACCCCCUAGUUUCUACUUUAAAAUUGCAUGACAAGUGAUUGGAGAUAGAGACAGUUUAUUUUUUAUUAGGGAUGAAAGUUACAUGAAAGGCAUAAAGAUUUAUUUCAAUAACCCACAACCUAUAUAACUGCUUAAAGUUUUGUUUCUAUAUUUUUGAUAUGUGAUAUUUUACAUGUAACAAACGUUUCAAUAAAUUGUUUAUACAAAUAAAAUAUUUCCACGUGAUUUA